AUGUCGGAGGUCAUCCCGAUCUCUGGGGCUGCUACAGACAGUACCGCCUUCGUCGAAGAUGAUGAUCACGGCGAGAAUGCUGGAGUCAUCGAUGUUUCUUUGGAGACAGCAGUCGCAGACCGGCUUGCGGCCUUGACCGACGCACUUCUCGGCACACCCAAGGUCGCAGACCAUCUACUCCCACUCGUUAGGAACCACCUGGUCGCUGCUACUGAUGCAGUAGUGCCCAAAUCUCGUGAACAUCUCUCAACUCUUGAAAUAAUCACGGCAUUCACCACACGCGUCCGGGUUCUACUCUCAACACCACCGCCGUUGACUACCUGGCUGAUGGUGCGCGAAUCGAGGCUUAUACUGCUGGAAGACCCCGAAGCGCUGCACAUCUGGCCAAAGCCUACCGCAACACUGCAGAAAUGUGUGCGCGACGUGCUCUCGGACCGCAAUAUCGCUCGUCCGACUUGUGUGCGCGUAUUGAGCGACUCCGCACUGUUGGGCGCGCUCGAGCAGGCGGAUGCGACGGGCGAGGAUUAUGUUGCAAGGCGGAUUGCCGAACACAUACUCAAGGGGGAUAAAGUGUCGCGGAGGGCCGCACGUCUUUAUGCACAGCGCUAUGGCGAUCAGCUGGGAAGAAAUCGGUUCCUGCGCGGCCUGUCGCUGGUGUUGCGGGGAUAUUGGGCGUGGACGUUCAUCCGAUCGGUCGUCCCCAUUGUUAUAGACUUGGGUGUUCUCUUUGGCGUCGUCUCUACUGGCUUACCUGUCAUGUUUGCCGCCCAAACAUGCUUCCGGCGGAUCACUACCGUGGUCAACUUCUCUUUCAAGCACUUCUGCGCGUUUACAGCAUUGUGA